ACCCGCUGCAAGAUGGCGACUGAGUCCGAACGGCUGCUUCGGUUCCGGAACCAGUUCCGAGUGGCGGUGCCGACGACCGCGUUUCCUCGGGACUCGGUGUGGCCGAGAGCGCCAGAUAUACAAGAUGAGGAAAAGAAGAAAGAAAAACCACUUCCUAGAUUUAACAUGCACUCUGUAUUCUGGAUUUUAGCAUCAAUAGCAGUGACCUAUUAUGUUGAAUUUUUUUCCACAAUUAAAACUGAUUACCGAAUAGAAGGUCGAUGGUUCCUUUUAGGAUCCUCACUCUUGAUAAUUAGCUUACUGAUUGCCUUCUACUGCAUCUUUUACCUGGAGUGGUACAGAGGGAUCAGAGAAUAUGAGCAAUAUAACCCAACCCUGGUUCCUUCAGCUACAGCAUCUUUCAUUGCUGCAGCAGUAUGCUUUAACAUCGCUCUGUGGCCUGUGUGGUCUUUCUUUACUCCUUUUAUCCUUUUCACUCAAUUUAUGGGUGUUGUGAUGUUUGUAUCACUACUGGGAUGAUUUGCAGAGCUCAGCUUGAUGUUUCCUGUAAAUAAAGAACUUGUCUUUCAUGAGGCUGUAAUUGUUACAUAAAAUAAUCAAGUAACUGAAAUGGAGAGCUUUCGUUUAAUGAAUUUCACUAUUAUCAUUCCUUUUUGAAUCUGUCCAUGAUCUAUGAUUCAGUUUGCAGAACAAGAUUGCUUUUGUACAAGAUUUAAAAAUUAUAAUUGUUAUUCUGUGAAUAAGUGUAAUUAUAGAAUUGAAUAAAUCUUUGUAAUAUCAUGAACAAAUAUAAUAUCCUUUUAAAAGUGACUUCAGACCUGGCUGAAAUGAGAGCAAGUGUUGCCAGCAGAUGACUCUCUCUGAUGGCAGACGCAAUCAAGGAAAUUGCCUCUUUUUCUUAUCUAAAUUAUGAACUCUUCAGUAACAUAAACACCCUCUAACUUGUUCUUAUUUUUAUUGACUCCAAUGAUAGCAUUUUUUAAAGCAGAAAGGUAUCCUGGUUGCAGUCUUCUGCAAGAACCAUCCUAAUCAGCAGCUGUACCUUUUUGUUAAUUCACCCUCCUAUCCAGUGGAGUAACAUGAAUGAUCUGUGUUUUGUUUUGUGGAUCAGAUGUACCGUUACUACUCACUUUUAUAACAAUUUUGAAAUAGCAGAAUAAAGUUGCCUUUAUAGAAUUUCAGAACCAACUUCAACCUAUUGUACAUCCCCAUUCCCUGUUAUGGAAUGGCAGAACUUUACAAGCUGCUAGUUUUCUCUGCUAGAAAUGUGAUGCAGAAGGAUCUGUAAAACAAAUUCUUCAAAGGUGUGAAAAUUUCUUAAAUUUUACUGUUUGUGUGUGGCAUGUGGUUGUGAUUAAUAAUGACAUCUAACAAAUAUGCUAAGAAUGAGCGUAUUUCAUGCUAUUUCUUCUGACCUAAUUCUAUGAGAGAGUUUGCAGAGUCUUAAAAAUCUAGCAUGCAUUUGUUUGAUAUGUAAAUUUGUUACCAAGUUGCAAUAUCAAAACUGGAAUACUUGCAUACAAAAUUGUUUUCACUCUUAUUUAAAAUGUAUAUGUUGCUAGUUUCAUUACUCAUUUUUGAAUUAAAACUGAAACAAGAAAACCACAAUGUUUGUCUCAGCUAGGUAUCUACGCUAUCAUAAUGUUCAUCUGUUUUUUUUGGUAUGGUCGUUUCACAACAUGAAUAAUUAAAUCUGAUGAAUAAAA